UCAACCUAAAUGAGUCGUUCUUUCGGGGACGGAGGUAAAGCAUAAUUUAUGGACUUAUGGUGAAAUGUACAUAUUCGUAUAAUAUAUGGGUCCAAUUCUGCUCAGAAAUUAUGGAGUAAAAAUAAAAAUGGGUCCCCAAUCUCCUUUUAAAGUUAUGUGCAUUGUGCAGCAGCAAAACGUAACACACUUCAAUUUUUUUUUUUGGUUUUUCUUUUCUUUAACAAUUCCUUUGAAUUUUAUGAUUUUAAUUUGUAUUUUAAGCUUUUUAUUGUAUAAUUACAAUUAAUUUUUUGAUUAUUUUUUUCUUUGAAAAUUAAUUUUUUUUAAAAUUCAUCAGAUCUGAUCUUGCGGCGUUUUGCUCUGUCGAAGCCUCUGUUUCUCUCUCCUCCCUACCAUCCCAACAACACUUUCACUUGACACACUAAAAUCUCCUUUUGUUUUCUUCUGUUUUUUUGGGUCUUCUUUUUAUUUUUGGUAUUUAUUUUAUUACUACUACUAAUUUAGGUUAUAAUUCUUGUUUCCACUUCCAAUUUCUUAAUCCCCAAAUUGAAAAAAAAAAAAAAACCCUUCUCCUCUCUCUAAAUUCUUCUUCUUUUAGAUGAAGAAAAUGUAGUGUCUUUUUCACAAAUUAAUGGGAUUUUUCCAUAUUUACUUGGGUAAUUUUUCUGGGUAAUUUCUAAUUUUGUCUGGGUAACUUUUUUCUAUUUAAAUAUAUAAAAAAUUUCGUUUUUUUGCUCAUUAUAAUGAUGAUCUUGUGCACUGUAUAAAUAAAUUAGCUUCAAAUGGCAGAAUGUGAUUCUGGUGGGAUUUUCUAACGACUAAUUUAAUAAAUUAUCUGGGGUGCAGCUAAUUUGGGUUGCAUGUGUUGUUCACAAGACCUUUCUUGUUGAUUCCUCAAUUGUAUGGUGUAGUACUUGUCAUUUCUGAUAGAAAGGGUUUAUCUUGCAUUGCCAAAUACAUAGGGUUUAUGUUUGUGUCUGUGAUUGAGAUUGAGAUUGCAAAGGCGAAACCGGGUUUUGGGUUUUUGUAAAGAGAUAUAUAUAUAUAUAGAUAGGUGUUGUAGAUGGAUAUAUAUAAGUAUCUAUGAAGUGUGUGAUUUGAAUGGGUACUCAAACAAUGGGAUCUCAAGGUGGUAUAGGUGAUAGUUCAGUACCAAAGCCUCCAAGUUUAUCUAGACAAGGUUCAUUGUAUAGCCUUACACUUGAUGAGGUACAAAAUCAGUUGGGAAAUUUGGGGAAACCCUUAAGUAGUAUGAAUCUAGAUGAGCUUCUUAGGAAUGUGUGGACAGUGGAAGCUAACCAGACUGUUGGAGGAAGUAGUAGUAAUGAUGUUGAUAGUGGUGCUCAAAAUCUUAACCAGGGUGUUCCUGGGGAGGCGUCUCUUAAUCGACAAUCGAGUUUUAAUUUGUCUCGGGAUCUAAGUAAGAAGACGGUUGAUGAAGUUUGGAGGGAGAUUCAGCAGGUGAAGGAGAGGAAUCCUGAGAGGCAAAAUACACUAGGUGAGAUGACAUUGGAAGAUUUCUUGGUUCAAGCUGGGAUUGUUCUUGAUGCAGCUGGUGGUAAUGGUGGUGGUGGAAAUGAGAAUGAUACUAGCAGUGCUGUUCAAUGUAACUUGGGGGGUAUUGAUCCAAACUCUGGGCGACAUUCGAAUGUUCCGCAACAUGCUCAGUGGAUGCCUUACCAGCUACUUCCACAGCAGCAACAGCAUAGUAUGAUGACAAUGUUUAUGCCAGGACACCAUGUUCCUCAACCUAUUGCUGUCAGUGGCGGAGCUCUCUCAGAUACAGCUUACCCCGAUGCUCAAUUGGCUGUUACAACUACUCCUUUGAUGGGAACGUUGUCCGAUACACAGGCAAUUGGUCGGAAGAGGCUUGCUCCGGGAGAUGUGGUUGAAAAGACUGUAGAGAGGAGGCAGAAGCGAAUGAUUAAGAAUAGAGAAUCUGCUGCACGUUCUCGAGCCAGGAAACAGGCUUAUACCAACGAGUUGGAAAACAAAGUUCAACGGCUAGAAGAGGAAAACGAAAGGCUAAGGAGAAUGAGGGAGGUGGAGAAGGCCCUGCCAAGUGUUCCCCCUCCUCAACCCAAAUACCAGCUCCGACGAACAAGCUCAGCACCUCUCUAGCGAUCUGUUCAUGAGCAGUUGUACGAUGCAAAGCCGUGGAAAAAAGAGUGUACGACCUUAUAGUGUUUAACGAGCAAAGCUAACUGUUGUCCUGGAAUGUCUGCAUCUUUCAUGUCAGAUUGUUCAUCUUUGUAACUUUUCUACUUCUCCCCCCUUUCUCAUAAAUCUGGCAGUUCUCCUAGUCUGCAACUGCUGCUGAUUUUCCUAGGUUUUUUUUUCCUCUCUUUUUUAAUUCCUUUUUAUUUAUUUAUUUAUUUUUACCAGUUUCUUCUAUUCCUUUGUGAGUAGCCUGUGUAUGUACAUUUUAAGUAUCGAACGAAUCUUAAGAGAGUUGCAAGAAAAGGAAAAAAGAAAAUUUUAGAAUGCAGCUAAUGUUCACUCA